GGACCAAGUGCUGCGUUGCUGCUUCACACAGCACGCAAAGCGAACGUGGACAGCAGCACACACGAAAGAGGACGCCAGCCGUCGCGACCGAGCGCCGAAAGCGCGUUAGAAAAGGGCAGCCCCAUUCUCAGUAGCCAAGAUGUCGGCCCUCGUGAACGCCAACACGCGCGUGGGCAUGGGCCACACGACCAGAGCGCAGCGCUCCAUGCUCGCCGCGAAGGAGAGCGCGCGGCAGCGCCACGACGACGCGCGCGCGUUCCUCGACCCGAUGAAGCGGAAUUUGCACCGGAACGCGUGGGAGGAGAGGAACGCGCAGCGACUUGAUAGGAGGAGGCGCGAGGAGGAGGCGGCGGCCGUCGCGAAGCAGGAGCAGGAGGCGGCGGAAGUGGAGGAGCGGCGGAAGCGGUUGGAAGAGCUCUACAAGAAGGAGCAGGAGGCGUGGGCGGCCUCGCCUAAAAAAGAAGUACCGGUAGAGGAUGAUCUCGAGCGUGCGCGAAAGAUCGACGCGCGCCGCAAAGAAGAACAGAGCGAAGCGCGAGACAUCGCAAGGGCUCGAUUGGAGGCGUACCGACGAGCCCAGACACCCGAAUACCGAGCGGCCGAGCGCCUGAAGCAGAUGCAUCUGCAUACACAACAGAGGGCCCAGGAUUUAGUAGAGCACGCGUCCAUCCCAAAGGCGGCGGCGCCGUGCGCCGUGAAGACCGACCUCGUCAAUGAUCACUUUAUUCCUUCCGAACACAAGGCGCCGAAGUGCGAAGUCACUAUUGGCUUCGACGACGACGGGGCGCGCACAUUGAGUUCGGGUGCGAAGCGGCGGGCCUUUUCUCGGUGUUGCGUCGAGGCCUUUGAUGCGCCAAAUGCGUUGACCGUCGAACCGCUGGGUCUAGCGGUGCGCGUGAAUCAAGAGGGAAAGCCGGAAUUGGCGGCGACGUUAGUCAUCAAGGGCGACCGGUCGAGCAUCGAAGAGCGAGUGGAGGCGUGGGCUUCGAGGGUCGAGGCCGGCGAGGUUACGGUGCGCGGUUUAAGGGCCAAAUGGGUCGAUAGUGAUGCGGUCUUAUUGGCGCGGCCGCCUAAACAUGAAGCGCAAUCUGCUUACAGGAAGGAGCUGCAGCAGGCUCAAGAACAUAAGGCUUUGAGGGUCGAGGAAGAAAAAGCUGAGGAAAGAGCUCUAGAAUUACAGACGACGUCGCUCUUCGAGCCGGAGAAGGAUGAUGAGGAUGCGGUGGCUACACAACGGCGCGAGGCUAAACAAAGGUUGGACGCGUUGGAGAAGGACGCCGCGGAACUGCGCGAGCGCCAGGCGGCCGAGAAGGCGAUCCGCAUCGCCGAGGAACGUACAGAGGUAGAGGAAAUGCAGGCGGCGGAUCGAGCGGAGUUGGAGAAGCAACGCAUCGAGAAGGCGAAGAGGGUGGAGAUGGAGCGCGCGUAUCGGUUGGAGCUCGCGCGACAAACCCAGCUCGAGGAAGAGAUGGCCCAACAGCAGGAAUCGUCAUUAGAGGAGCCGUCGAUGGCCGGCCUGAGCUGGAGCGAGAGAGACGCGCGCAAGGAGCAGGACCGGAAGGCCUCGGAACUCCUCCAGAAGGAGAUCGAACGGGAUUGGCAGGCGAAGCUCGCCGCGAAGGAGAAUAGGAGACCGGUCACGUUCAACGACGCGGAGAAGGCCUUGCGCGAGAAAUUAUGGAACGAGCACCGGGCGCGCCUCCAGCGGACGAAGGAAUUAGCUAGAAGAGCUCACCUGAACGUCCAAGCGGAAAAUUUUAAAAGAGCCCAGGACAAGCGCGAGCGCGAGGAACGGAUGCGCCAGGAACGGUUAGCUGAGGCCGAGGGCGCUCCUCCUGUGGAGUUUGAUCAUGAUCUCCCGCCCCAUUUAGCGCGGAAGCUCCACCCGUCGCUGCGCCCCGCGACGGCGGACGCUGAUGCUAGAAGAGCAGCUCAAGCGCGGCGAGACCGGCACUUUUCGAUGGCUGCCGGCCGACCAGCGACGGCCGACGCCCAACGGUCGGCGGCGACGACGUGGGAGCCGCUCGCAACCUCCCAAUGGAAGCCGACGUUCCCCCAGUACUAG